AUGCGGUUUUCUCUUUUGGCUACGGCCGCGCUCUACGCCGCCGCUCGAGCGAGCUCCGUGAUUGACUUGACCACGGCCAACUUUGACGAGGUGGCCAAGGGUGACUUGUCCUUGAUCGAGUUCUUUGCCCCCUGGUACGUGAUCAUUCGGAAUGUGUUCCAUCGUCUACUCGACGCUCGUGGUGCGAUCGAGGUGUUGUAGGAUGCCGCACGCGGUGAGACACUGUCGACGAUUGGAGCCCAAAGUGGCGACGUGGCAAUUCCUUCGGCGGCUAGCACGUGGCACCAGCGUUCAUGGAGUUUGCUGCACCGUGUUGAUGAUGCGUCCUGAUGAAAGCGCACUCGAUACUGACACUGUGCCGUUCCAACUGUCGAUCGUAUGCACACCCAGGUGCGGUCACUGCAAGGCUUUGGCACCUCACGUAAGCUGGCCCCAGCUUUGCCCUCUGAGCGUUCCCCUGCCUGCCGGACUCGUGCGCGCGUCGGUCGCCACACUUGGGCUUCCCGACUCCCGAGCCAAGCGUCGUUCGCGCGCACCCAAAGACGGCCAGGCCGGCCAGCGCACAGCAGCCACCGCCGCAUUGCCACAAUCCCGCCGAACGCUCGCUGACCAAGCCCGAAUCGUCCUCCUGUCCUGUCCGCUGUCCGCUGUCUGCCUCGCGUACGCCUCUCCCGUUUCGUCCUCUCUCUCUCCUCUCUCCCACUCACAGUACGAUGAGGCAUCUGACAUCCUCGCCAAGCACGGCGUCGUACUGGCCAAGGUCGACUGCACCGUUGAAGCCGACCUCUGCAGCUCCCACGGUGUUUCGGGCUACCCGUAAGUCGAAUCGGGUCACUCUCACCGUUAUCGUGGCCGAACGAGCGCGCCAUAUGGCCCCUUGUCCGUGCUUUGGGGUGUAGCUCCAGACCUCACCCUAGAUCACGAGGCUUACAUCUUGUACGCUCCUGGCUUCACAGCACACUCAAGAUCUUCCGCAAGGGUGAAUCGUCCGACUACGGUGGAACUCGCAAGACCGAUGGUAUCGGUACGUUUCUCGCACCUAAAGUCACACUUGCUCUCGGGUGACCGAGCAGAAUUUGUAGUUCUGACUUCUGCAUCGUCCCGUUGCUUGUUUCGAACAGUCUCUCACAUGAAAAAGUGAAUUUAAUCUCCACGGCCUUCACGGUGUGCAGGCCAAGUCGUACUGACUCUUUCUUCGCUCUCAGGCAACUUCUUCCCGCAAUUUCGGAUGUCACCGCCUCGACCCACGACGAGUUCUCCAAGGCUGACAAGCUUGUCUUCAUCGCCUACAUUGCUGAGGAUGACAAGACGAGCAAGGAGGUCUUCACCGCCUUCGCCGAGUCCCAUCGCGACGACUAUCUCUUUGGUCUCUCCCAUGAUGCCGAGAAGGUCGCCGGCGUGACCCCGCCUGCCGUUGUUCUCUACAAAACCUUCGACGAGGGCCGCAACGACUUCACCGACAAGUUCUCGUCCCAGGCACUCGAUGCGUUCGCCAAGGAGCACACCGUCCCCAUUCUCGACGAGAUCUCGCCCGACAACUUCGCCAUGUACGCCGAAGCGGGCAUUCCUCUUGCUUACAUCUUCAUUCCCGAUGAUCACGAGAAGCGCAGCGAGAUCACCAAGUCGAUCGAGCCCAUCGCCCGCGAGCAUAAGGGCAAGAUCAACUUUGUAUGGAUCGAUGCCACCAAGUUUGCUGACCACGCCAAGUCGCUCAACCUCCUCGAGCCUACGUGGCCAUCGUUCGCCAUCCAGAACAUCCAGGAGAUGACCAAGUUCCCACUCGACCAGUCCAAACCCGUCGACCACAAGACCAUUUCGGCUUUCGUUCAGGACUUCCUCGGUGGCAAGAUCGCCGCCUCGAUCAAGUCCGAGAAGGUCCCCGCUACGCAAGACGAGUCCGUCUUCGUGCUCGUGGCCGACCAGUUCGAUGAGGUGGUCGCCGACAAGUCAAAAGAUCUCCUCGUCGAGUUCUACGCCCCGUGGUGCGGCCACUGCAAGAAGCUCAAGCCCACUUGGGAUGAGCUUGGAGAGAAGUACGCCGGCGCCAAGUCCAAGGUCACUAUCGCCAAGUUCGACGCGACCGAGAACGACGUCCCCGCCUCGGCUGGCUUCCGCGUCUCGGGUUUCCCCACCAUCAAAUUCCGCGCUGCCAACACCAACGAAUGGAUCUCGUACGAGGGUGACCGUACGCUUGAGUCCUUGGUCGAGUUCCUCGAGUCCAACGCGACCAACGAUAUUAGCGCCGCUGAUGAGCCCGCUGUAGCUGGCGGGGCUGCUAACGAACAGACCGUCAUCGCUGACCACCACGACGAGCUUGUGAGUUGUAUUCUGAAUCGUCAUUCUUCCUCCGAGAGGCACGCUCACACCUCCUGCCUUGCCUUUGCCCCCGCAGUAA